UGCUUGGGCAAAUAUUUAACAACAAGUCGUGCGGGGGGCCGCUAGCAUUUUGGAAAUGACGCGCUACAAAUCGGCGGAGCUUAUCAAAUUGCCAUUUUGCUGGUAUUUCCGAGAGCCGAAAGAGCUAUCUAGCACGAAAUCCGAGCGACAAGUGCACAAACAAAUCGGCCGCCGUAAACAAACAGGCUGGGAAAAAUUUCGCUGACUUGCAAAAGCAUCUGCUGCUCGUUCUAAGUUUUUUAAGAUAUAUGCAUGUAUUUUUUUUUUUUGGUUUAAUAUUUCUGCUACUUUCGAACCGGUUGGAGCAAACAUAUUUGAAUACCUCGCCUGAAAUCCUUAUAAAUCAUGUGCGCCUCGAAAUGAAACCGGUUCGCCUUCAAGCAUUCAAGCAGCCCACAAUGCGCGCGCUGCAAAAAGAAGGAAAAAUACGAAAAGCAUAAGAAACAAGAAAUAUAUAGAGUACGCCGCUUCCUCCAAAUAGUUCGCCUACGUUGCUUGGGCUCUCGUUUCGGCGAUACGACGAAGUGUGGACUGUGUGAACUCGGCUCUUUCUCGCCCCGCAUGCGAUUGAGCGAACUGUGAGCGAAUGGACGGACCAACACCACCACCAUCAACAUCAACACCAAAACCAAAAGCAAAAGCGGCCUGCUGUCGUAUUUUUGUUAUUCCCGAACCAACGCUCCACGCCAACGGAACGCUCGAGCAGCCCAGCCGAGCAGAAAGCAGUGCGGAAUAUAUAGAAAUUUGAGAGAAACGAAAUAAAAGGAGCCAACCCAAAGGCCCCCAGCAGUGGCAGUUGUAGUAGUGGAAAAGCACGCGCGUCAUCGUAAAAACGUGCUACGAAAUCGGAGGAAAGCCGCAGUAAUAGCACCCAACUUACAUAAAACCACGGAGGAGCAAUCACACAAUCACUGCCAUGACCGAUGCCAGUGCAAAUAGUCUGGAUGUGUCGGUGGAUGUGGUCUGGCCCACGAUAAUUAUCCUGGCCAUGCUGGUCGUAAACGGCUUCGUGUUCGCCUACAUCAUGCGAAAGCGGCGGGAGUACAAGUGCCAGGAGGAGGAGGAGCUGCAGCAGCAGCAGCAGCAGCAGCAACAACCUGUUCCACACACAUCCUACGCGGCCACUUCGCCCACGGAACGGCAGCAGGAUGCGGAUCAGGAGCAGGAGGACGAUAGCUGUGCCAUUGAGAUGGAGCGACUGUAGGCUUUGGGAUCAAACUGCACGCAGCUAUUAGCCCAGCUCUCAGACAAACUCACCCACCAUCGUCCACAAGCUCUCAACUGCAACGAAGUUUCCUAAGCCAUUAUAUCUGUAGAUUGUCGCAGAGAUCUAGAGAUAUGUAGAUAUACUCGUACAAAACGUAUACGUCGAGUGCCUGGAUCGCACGUGCAUUUAAUUACGGUGUUUUUAAGUUGUUAACUCUAUUUCGCAAGUUCAUUUUCUACAAAAGUAUACAAUAAAUGUGUGAAUUUUAUCAUGCCGCAACGAGAA